AUGGCUGUUUCAUACCCCCAGAUUGUCCUCUUUGGGGACUCGCUGUUUCAGGCGGCCGCAGACCUGAACGACGGCUUCUGCUUCCAAGCUGCUAUCCAAGCUCAGGUUGUCCGUCGCUUUGAUGUGAUCAAUCGCGGUCUCUCGGGCUACAAUACCUCCAAUGCCCUGAGCGUCCUGCCCAAGAUCUUUUCGCCGCCGGGACCGGGAGUCCCGCGGAUCGCUUACUUGUUCAUCCUCCUCGGCGCCAAUGAUGCUGCGGUGCCGCUGCCCACGAACCACCAGCAUGUGCCUCUAGACAAGUACAAGGCCAACCUGAAGCGUAUCAUCACCCAUCCCAUCUUCGCCGCGCACAAGCCCAAGAUUUUCCUGAUCACUCCGCCGCCGCUGGACCAGAUCCGUAUCACUGAGCUGGAUAAGGCCAACGGGCACCCUGCCGCGACCCGGCAGACCAAGAUCAGCGCCCAGUACUCGCAGGCUGUCCGCGACAUCGCAGCUGAGAACCCUAAUGUCACACUCAUCGACCUAUACAAGGCGCUCAUGGACACCGCGAUCGCGAAGACUCCUGGCUUCGACCCCAAGAAGGGCCCGGCGCUCGGCGACCCGGAAAGCGGGGUGCGUGGGUAUCUGGAGCGCUUACUCCCUGACGGGCUGCACCUCAGCGCCGAGGCGUACCGGAUUUUCUACGACCUUGUGAAGCCCCAUCUUGGCUCAGAGUGGGCCGGCACCCGCGACGAGGAGCGCGCCGCCUACGUGCUGCCUGACUGGCGUGUUGCGCCCUGGCUGGAAGAGGACGAGUACCUCAAGACCUUCAAUGGUUGA